GCUUGUUGUACUCUGCAAAAGACAACAUGCGGUUCUGGAGUCUAACACUUGUGGCAACCAACAUUUUGUUGCAAGCACGCGCAGCCAACGUCGUAGAUGUUGCUGACACAUACGACUUUAUCAUUGUAGGCGGCGGAACAGCUGGACUUGCGGUUGCGUCGCGCAUCAGCGUUGGAUUACCCAACAGUACCGUGCUUGUGAUUGAAGCAGGUCCAGAUGGAUGCCAGGAGCCCGGCAUCUAUAUCCCAGGAAGAAAGGGCUCAACGCUUGGUGGCAAGUACGAUUGGAACCUCACAACCACCCCACAGCCCAAUGCCAACAACCGGACGUUUGCGCAAAAUCGAGGAAAAGUGCUUGGAGGUAGUAGCGCGCUGAACCUGAUGUCAUGGGAUCGUACUUCGAUUGCUGAGCUCGAUGCCUGGAAGGAGCUGGGCAACAAAGGGUGGAAUUGGAAGACCUUGUACUCCGCGAUGUUGAAGGCUGAGACAUUUUUGCCAUUUCCGGACUACAGCACAGAAGGCGUUGGCAAGACGGGUCCCAUCAAGAUUCUCAUCAGUCGCAUCUUUCCUAAGCACCAGUCUUCAUGGAUACCUACCCUCAACAACCUUGGUCUUGUCGCCAGCCGAGAGUCGCUCAAUGGCUACCCUGUCGGGGUCAGUACACAGCCAAACAACGUCAGCCCAAACUACACUCGAUCAUACGCACCUGAGUACCUCAAACUCGCCAAAGCCAAUCUCGAAGUCAAGCUUGAGACACGCGUGUCGAAGAUCAACUUUCAAGGCAAGAUCGCCACCGGCGUUACGCUCGAGAACGGAACCGUCGUCCAUGCUCGGAAGGAAGUCAUCCUGUGUGCAGGCUCGUUUCAGACUCCUGGUCUUCUCGAGCUUUCAGGCGUCGGCAACGCGACGCUAUUGAAGAAGUUGGGCAUCCCAGUUGUCAAAAAUCUACCUGCCGUCGGCGAAAAUCUUUCCGACCACAUCCGAAUCCAGAGCUCAUAUCAACUCAGACCUGAGUACCCGUCAUUCGACGUUUUGAAGAACACUACCCGCGCGGCUAUUGAGCUUGCAGCGUACAACGCCGGCCAGGUGUCUCUGUACGACUACACCGCCAGCGGGUAUGCCUACUUCCCCUGGGACAUCGUUUCAAACGACACCGCUGCAAAGUUCCGCACACUGGUCCAAGGUGACACAAGCUUGACCUCGGCAGUUGGCAAGGUGAAGAAGAGCUACUUCUCUCCACCACACAGCGCAACGGUGCCGCAGCUCGAAGUCAUCUUCUCUGAUGGCUACACUGGUCUCAAGGGGUACCCAGCCACUAACUCGACGCUGUUCGGUAUUGGGACUUUCUCGCUUAUUGGGGUUGUCCAACACCCUCUCAGUAAGGGCAGUGUGCACAUCAACUCACGCAACAUCAGCGACAAGCCAUUCAUUAACCCCAACUACCUGUCACACCCAUACGACCUCCAGGCGGCAAUCGAUCUCGCCAAGUUUCUGCGCACGAUUGCGUGCACUGCUCCUUUGAAGGAUGUAUGGACGGAAGAGUACGAGCCUGGAAAGGCGGUUCAGACAGAUGAGGACUGGAAGAAUUAUGCGCUAGCCAACACGCUGAGUAUCUACCACCCUAUUGGUACCGCUGCACUGCUUCCAGAGAAGGAUGGCGGUGUUGUUAGCACUCAUUUACAUGUAUAUGGUACGGAAAGAUUGAGAGUGGUCGACGCUAGUAUCAUCCCGCUAUUGCCCAGUGCCCACAUUCAGACGUUGGUGUACGGAAUCGCGGAACGAGCGGCAGAGAUGAUUGUUGACGUGUAUUCUUGAUUAUUAUGAGAAAUGACUGGAAACGUAGCAGCGAAGUCGGCUGACCCAUGUCGAUCUUUUCAGAGUCUCCGGCUGUUGCGAUGCGGAUUGAUGACCGUCGUGGUCUGAAUACCUGUGGUUUCCAUGGCACAAACAGUAGCACGAGGAUUGUAACUAGAUGCCCCACUACCGUCUUCCGCUAGAGAGAGAAACGGUAUGCAGCUGGUCAUACGUACACUAUAGAUCAUGAUCACAGCGCGAGUGUGAUCUAUGGUGGGUUCUGGUGCCCAAAAAUACCAUUGAAAGCCGGACCAGGAUGCCAUCCAAGGGCUGCAGAUAGAGCUAAAGAGCAUCGUCCAGGACUGCUAGAAAGCAAAUACGCGU